CAUUCUAAUAGUCAUCUAUAAAUCCAAGCUGUUUCUUGAGGUAGGAAAUGGACAGCAAACCAUGCGUACAAAUGAAAUAUGGUAUGGCGAUAAGACAUCGAAACUCAAGCCCGAGUGUGAUAACGAAGACAAUUUUUUUUGCAAAUGAUAAAGAUAGCUAGUGGACAAUGCGCUCAGCUUUUUUGCGUUAGCAGCAUUUUUGCAUGCAUAAUGAACGUGAUGCACGAACAAGAUCAACUGACUUCCUAAUUGUAAUUUUAUGCCAUACUAUAAUUCCGUACUGUUUACCAUCUCCACGUGCUAUAAAUUGAGUCAUAUAACUCGGGAAUGCCGUAAACUACGAAACAAAGCAAUAUUAUUCCUUUUUCUUCACAGCAAGAAGUUUACAAAGUUGCCUUAUAACGCUUUUUGCAUACUUUUUCAAAAGAAUCUCACACAGUUUACGGACGCCCCCAAAGGACGACUGUCGUCUAGCCAAAUACCAUUAACCCAUUUCGUGGACGAAGUGUAAACAGAAACCGGUCUCGGGGAUGCUGUGGCAGUUAUCUCUGAGCGAUUACAAGAUUUGCUUCUCGGGAUGACCGUGGCCCGACUAGAUUCCGUUACUUUGUGACUUGAAAUCCGAUCAACUUGUCAGUCUGCAGAACGUCGUAGUUGAAAGUGAAACUAUAGUUUGUAAGCUGGUUGGUGUGAUUUGAGAAUGGGGCACUUGUCUGUUUUAAAGGUGUUAAUUUGGCUGGAGUUUGUGAUAAUCGCUAGAUGUUCGAAUAUUCUUGUGUUGAUGAGUGUUCCAUCGCCGAGUCAUUUUAUAUGGAUCAGACCAAUCAUGAAUCAACUUGCCCAACAUGGGCACAAUAUAACUGCACUUUCGGUGAACACUGAUCCUAACGCUGUGGAGAACAUUACAUACAUUCACUUGGAAAAUACGUACAACGUGCUGUACGGUGAUGGAAAAGCAAACAACAAUAUUCUCAAACGGUCCGAGGAAAAUCCAUUCCAAGCCACCAUGUCGUUUUAUAAAUUUGGAACCCUGGGAUGCAUAGGAGCAACGAGCUCAGCAGGCCUCCAAAGGCUCAUGGAGUAUCCCGAUGAUUUCCCUUUCGAUCUAGUCAUCUACGACUUUACCUGUGGUCCAUGCGUGCUUGGAUUCCUGCAAAAGUUCAACUAUCCACCCCUGGUUAGCUUAACCGGGUUCAGCAUUCCCCAGUUCAGCCAUCAUCUAGUAGGCGGACAUAAGCCAUCGUCAUACGUUCCCCACUUUUCCCUCCGAUACGAUACAAAAAUGGACUUUUUCCAAAGAAUGAUCAAUUUCAUUGUUCAAAACUUUGAUUCCAUCUACCGAGAGUGGGUGUUUUUACCCCACAUGCAGAGGUUGGCACAAACUGCGUUUAAUUUUACUCUGCCAAAUCUUGCUGAGCUAGAGCAACGAACGCAGAUUAUGCUGGUGAACACAAAUCCCGUGCUGGAUCCUCCGGAAACGUUGCCGCAAAAUGUUAUCCCUGUUGGUGGAUUGCAAAUUGUGCAGCCAAAGCCGCUGGUGGAGGAAAUCUCCAACUUCAUCGAAAGCAGCUCCAAAGGAACGGUUUUAUUCGCGAUGGGAACAAACUUCAAAAGCAAAAUGUUCACCAGAGAUCGCCAAGCCAUGUUCAUCGAAGCAUUUGCCCUGCUGCCGGAGUACAACUUCCUGUGGAAGUUCGACGACGACAAUCUGCCCAUUCCGGCUCCGAAAAACCUGAUGGUAAGAGCGUGGCUUCCCCAAAACGACAUUCUUGCUCAUCCCCGACUGAAGGCAUUUAUCACUCACUGCGGCCUGCUCAGCACGUACGAGGCGUCGUACCACGGAGUUCCCACGAUCGGCAUUCCCAUCUACGUCGAUCAGCACCGGAACGCUCAGCGAUCGGCCCGGGCGGAAGUGGGCGUCACGUUGGAUCUGAAAAAUCUUUCCACGGAAGCAAUUCGUCGCGCUUUGCUGCGAGUUUUGACGGGGGAAAAGUUUGCUACAAAUAUGGCGAAAAGAGCUCAACUUUUGCGCGAUCAGACUGAAAGUCCACUAGAUCGUGCCGUGUGGUGGAUCGAGUGGAUCCUCCGACAUCCACACUCGAACCAUAUGCGUUCUCCGAUGUUGGAUUUGGGAUAUUUUGCCAAAGGCAAUAUCGAUGUGUUUGUGUUUCUGUGUUUAUUUUUGGCAAUAGUUUUAACCGUUAUUUUGAAAUGCAUUAAAAAUCUCAUAAAAAAAUCUCAUCAAACGGAUUGUGAUAAGAAGGAAAACCUCAUGCAGCAGCAAAACUCCGUUGCAAUUUUAUCCGGUGUUCAUUUGCUAAACAUGUGCAUUACUGCAAACAUUGUAGUAGUACUGUUGUCAGUACUGGUCGGACCCACCCUUGGGGCCAACAUCUUGUGUCUAACGCCAGUUCCUAGUCCCAGCCACCACAUCUGGAACCGAGCAUGGAUGGAAGCCCUGGCAGCCCGAGGACACAACUUGACCAUAGUAUCGGCCGACGUGGAACAGGCAGCGAGUCCCAACAUGACUUACAUCCAUCUGGAGCAGGCGUACUCGUUCCUGGCCGAAGCCCUAGACCUGGACGAAAUGGCCAACGCGAACGCCUUCGGUGGAGCUCGCAGUGUCUACGCUUGGGGCUUUGGCAUGUGCAAGGGAGUGUUGAGUUCACGAGGGAUGGACCAGAUCAUGAGCUAUCCGGAUAGUUUCCGCGUUGAUUUGGUGGUCGCCGAUGUAACUCUGGGACCGUGUAUGUUCGGGUUGCUUCGAAAGUUUGGCAAUCCACCGGUAGUGGGUGUGACCGCGUACAACAACCCGUCGUUCACCACGGACUUUGUCGGGGGCCACAAACAUCCGUCCUACGUGCCGUACGUGAUGCUAAACUACGAUCAUGACAUGAGUUUUUUCGAGCGAAUGUACAACUACAUCGUUUACAGCUACGAUCAUUACUACCGCCACAACGUUUAUCUCCCCAAAAUUGACGAAAUGAUGCAUCAAUAUUACAAAUCAGAAAACAUGGAAAGUGCCUUUGACUUGGAAAAACGGAUUAUGCUCCUGCUAGCAAACUACCACUUCUCGGUCGACUUUCCCGAGUCGGUUCCACCGAACCACGUUCCGGUCGGUGGACUUCAGGUUCGCACCAAGCCCAAACAACUACCAGUGGAUCUCAAAACUUUCAUCGAAGCAGGCCAGAAGGGUUCUGUUCUCUUUUCUUUGGGAACAAACGUGCAGAGCAGUGGACUUGGGAAAUCGACGAUUCGGAUGUUUUUGGAUGUGUUUCGACAAUUUCCACAGUACAACUUUUUGUGGAAGUUUGAAACAGAAAUGGAGUGUGAUCUUCCGAAUAAUGUGAUGUUAAAGAAGUUUCUACCUCAAAAUGAUAUUUUGGCACAAUCAAACAUCAGAGCAUUUAUCACGCACGGAGGAAUGCUGAGUACGCACGAAGCCACGUGGCACGGCGUUCCGAUGGUUGGAAUUCCGUUCAUUGCGGAUCAAUAUCGGAACCUUCACAAAUCCGUUAGAGCUGGAGUGGCAAUCAAACUGGAUCACUCCGCAUUGACUGCGGAAAAAGUUCGAACAGCUUUGGUGGACAUUUUGGAAAAUCCAUCUUAUCGACAGAACAUGAAGCAACGAUCCGCACUGUUCCGAGAUCAACCAGAGCUGCCACUGAAUCGUGCCGUAUGGUGGAUUGAAUGGGCCCUACGUCAUCCCAACUGCAAAUCAAUUCAAUCCCCAAGCAAGUGGAUGAGCUCGUGGACAAGUGAGCUGUACGAUGUAAAGUGUACUUUGCUUUUCGGUUUCAUUGUGGUUGUGUGGGUCUUGAAAUCAGCGUUGAUGAAGAUUUUAUCAGCGAAAACGAGGAAGCUCAGUGAUAAGAAACGACAGUAGAACAGUGAUGAUGACGAGCAAAAAAUCAAGCUUAGUUGAUAACGAAACACGUGAAUUUAAUCUAGCUGUAAACCACCCUUUUAAGAAAAGAAGAUUAAAUUUCAAUUGACAAUAACUUCAUCAUCAUAACAAAGCAAAUAAUUGUAGACAAAAUAUGUUGUGAAUAAAAUAUAAUUGAUUUAAACCACUGAAAAAUCUUUUUCCUGCAAUUCUAAAUAUUGUUAACGAAACGCUUGUUUGACCA